GUGCGCUCGUUCUCACUCUCUUUCCUACCUGGUUCACUUUCUCACUGUCUCGAGGGAGUAGCAGCUCUGAUCUUUAGCUCCACACAGUCCACAGUACCUCGUCUCCUCCAGGACUCCAGUCCACAGUACCUCGUCUCCUCCAGGACUCCAGUCCACAGUACCUCGUCUCCUCCAGGGCUCCAAAAAGACAGUAUGGAGAAGAGCCAGUAUGGACCCCCCCAGGACUUGUCUGCUCCCCCCUACCCCGGCCCCCCGGCGGGGUACCAGGGAAGUGGGGGGGGAACAGCCUACCCCCCUCAGCCUGGCUUCCAGGGAGGUCCCCAACCCGGCAUGUACCCACCACCUCCCCAAUACGACACGGGCAUGGCACAACCUACAAACGUCCCCAGCGUAACCCAGGUGGUGGUGAUGCAGCAGCUGCUGCCAAGAGACGUACCCGGCCAGAUGAAUUGUCCCCACUGUCAGGUCCCGGUUCUGACAGAGACCACACACGCCACUGGACUGCUCACCUGGGUCAUCUGUGGAUCACUCGGCUUCUUCCUGUGCUGGCCAUGCUGUUUGAUUCCGUUCUGUGUUGACUCCUGUAAGGACGUAGAACACCGCUGCCCCAACUGCAAGACAGUGAUCUACAUCCACAAACGCAUGUGAACAGACCAAGAUGAGACACCUGCCACAAAGUGAUCCUUACCUAUAUUAAUCUAUUCCAGUAGUGUUGACCCCCUGAGGGAAACUGCAAACCCAGUUGAAUGCACCAGGAUUGGAAAGACAAUGGGCUCCUCUACUGUCUGUCGCUGAAAUCACUGCUGCAGUACCAGCUUUUCAUCUACUGGGAAUGUGUGACAGGGCAUUGUUAUAGUCGUCAUUUACUCUAUCGUAAACAUUCAUGAAAUCAAAAUGUGCUUCUUGGUCUUAAUUUCAGGUUAAGGUUCGGUAUUAUGGUCAGCAGUGUGGUUAUAUUUGAUGACUUUGUGGCUGUGCCAGCUAGUGACCCCUCUACAGAGCUGCCUCCGGGGCAAGAUUCAUGACAAUAAAUGCCAACCUGCCCCUAAUUAGGGGGAACAGGUUAAAGAGUAGACAGACAUACACAUGCCAAGACCAGUUUAAUAGGUUUUAUACUGAUUGUAAUGAAGUUUUUCAAUUAACACAGAACGUAUUGUUCUUUGCAAUGAAUAACGGUCAAGUUUAUUGAUUGGUUGUUUACUUUAAAUGAUUGAUGAAUUAACAA